UGUUAAUGACAACUCUUCAAUAAAGCAAAGAACAAAUCAACAACAAUGGCGGAAUGAGAAUUAGAACAGCGGCGGAGCUCGGCGGAAGAAUGACCGGACACAGCGGCGGAGCUCCACCGGAAUGUAUAUUUUGUAAAAUUGCUACUAACUCUUCAAUUUCCAACACUCUUCUUCACUCCGAUGAUAAAGUUGUUGCAUUUCGAGAUAUUAAUCCCUCUGCUUUCAGGCAUUACUUGGUAAUUCCAAAACAGCACAUUCCAACUGUCAAAAACCUUCAGAGAAGCCCAGAAGACUUCUCCUUAGUGAGUCACAUGCUGGAUGUGGGAAAGAGUCUGUUGCAUAAGGAUGCACCUCAGUCCAAGCGUUACAGAUUUGGUUUCCAUCAGCCUCCAUUCAACAGUGUUGAUCACCUCCACCUCCACUGCUUCGCACUUCCUUAUACUCCAAGCUGGAGGUGUAUAAAGUACUUAUCAUUGGGGCCACUUGGUGGAUUUAUUGAAGUUGAAAAGCUAUUGGAGAGAAUAGAGCCACAAAUUACUCAUCGCUCAUCAAUGUAAUCGUCUGUGAAUUUGAGGUUUCUAAUUAAAAUUGGCAAAGUGUAAGUAAUCUGCUAAUAAUUAUUCAUUAAUAUAUACUGUGAAAAAUUCAGACUUUCUAUCAUUAACCUUGUUAAUAAUCGUGUUACUGAACCUGAUUAUUCAAUCUUAUUUAAAACUCAAUAUUGGAUGUGAGAA